GUCAACCUUUCGCUACUGAGUCAGAAGUAGUAGCUUCCAAAGACAUGGGUGGUGUGGGGUGCAUGCCAUAUGGCACAUACAUAAAUAAAGUGCAUCACUUCCUCACUUCUCUCUCUCCAAUUUCAAACUCAAACAACAACCUUCUUCGUUCACACCUCAUCUCUUGA